AUGUUUUUUAUCAAGGAUCUAUCGCUGAAUGUCACUCUGCAUCCUUCUUUCUUUGGUCCACGAAUGAAGCAGUACAUCAAGACUAAGCUGCUACAAGAAGUGGAAGGUUCCUGUACAGGUAAGUUCGGUUACAUUUUGUGUGUGCUGGACUAUGACAAUAUAGAGAUUGAGCGUGGUAGAAUAUUACCUACUGAUGGGUCAGCAGAGUUUAACGUAAAGUACCGUGCCGUCGUUUUCAAGCCAUUCAAAGGUGAAGUAGUAGAUGGUACCGUGGUGUCAUGUUCACAACACGGGUUUGAAGUACAGGUAGGGCCAAUGAAGGUGUUUGUCACAAAGCAUUUAAUGCCACAGGACUUAACUUUUAACGCUGGUUCAAAUCCACCAUCAUACCAAAGUUCGGAAGAUAUCAUCACCAUAAAGUCAAGAAUUAGAGUGAAAAUUGAAGGUUGUAUCAGUCAGGUUAGCUCCAUUCACGCAAUUGGUAGUAUUAAGGAAGAUUAUCUAGGUGCAAUCUGA